AGAUCCAUAUACAGCUACCACCACCAUCAUCAACAAAGCCAACAUCAGCUAUUACCACCCGCCAAUUGUCUCACCAUCAUGGCCGAACCAGCAUCCGAAAUUGCAGGGACCGUUCAAGCGGCCUCUGUAAACCCCGAUCCCUCCCCGGCCCACGACAUCAACCCAACCACCUCCGCCUCGGAGAAGCAGCACGUUCCUGAAUCCGCAAUCAUGGACGAUACAGACAGCAUUCCUUCCGAUGUGGUUGAUCCCAGUCGAAUGGUGAGAACCAUGGUCCGGCAGAAGCAUCUCCCUCCGUUGCCGGAUUUGCGGUUCGAGCAGAGCUACUUGGCUAGUCUGAAGGAUGCGGAUACUUGGGGACGGGUUGCUUGGAUUACGAUUAGGGAUCAGGUCAUCCUCCCGCUAGUCCAGGGCACUCUUUGGACCCUCGCCCUCUCCGGAUGGCGAUACUGGAACCGCAACGCCUCGCUGAGCGGCAGAACACUAGGAAGCAGGGUACGCCGGUGGUGGUACGAGGUCAACAACUGGAAGCUUCCUCCGUUGAAGUUUACAAAGGACUCCCGAUUCGCGGGGCAAGUUGAAGAUUUCUACAAGACGCAAUUCGCAAACGCUGGUUCUGACUGAAGGUCUUUGUUAAUACUCCCACUCGGGCUGAUGGGUUUGCAUAAUCGGAGUUAAUAGGUUUAUGGCGUUGGAAUUUAACACUCGUUUCAUUUGCAUCAACUGCAAAAGUUGUUGUUGGUAUAUAUCAGAUCCCGCAUAGGUCAUUCUCAUGGGCGGUUAUGUAUAGAAUUGAUGCCCGCGUUGUACGUGCUUGAUGUGGAUUUGACUACAGAGUGGGAAGUGAGAAAAGUGUUGGCUGAACACCUUCAAACGAAUUGUUACAAUAGCCUCAAGAUGUUCUCGAAUUGACAUGUUCCCGUU